UCAGAGCACAUUGCGGUCAUUUGUAGUCUCAAUGUUCCGUGGAACAUAUUAAGGGUACAGACUGCGUUGCGGUUACACACUGUGAUUGCCAGGGCAUGGACUCAUACAUCUCUUUUUACUGUUUAGUCCUCUCCUUGUUCUCUGGGAGUGGUUGUGCUGUGACCGUCCAUGGUUAUGUUGGAGGCAUCGUGACCCUGACAUGUAAGUAUGAUGCUGGGUAUUAUAACGUGCUGUCUGUCUGCUGGGGCCGAGGACACAUCCCCAACAGUGGCUGUGGGAAUGAGAUCCUCAGGACGGAGGGGCUCAAGGUGACCCACAGAACUUCAGACCGGUACCGUCUGCUGGGCAGUCUGAGGGCAGGGGAUGUCUCUCUGAGCAUUUUCAACGCACAGCUGAAGGAUUCUGGGAUAUAUGGAUGCCGUGUGGAUAUACCAGGAUGGUUUAACGACCAGAAACACCACCUGGCCCUCGUGAUUCAGCCCGGUGAACAAGCCACCACAGCAAUGCAAACGACAACUGCUCAACCAGUACCUCCAGAGCCUCCCACACUGGAGGUCCAAACAGUAUCAGCCCGGAUGGCCUCUGUUUGUUGGAGUGCUGGCUUCGAUGGGAAUAGUGCCAUAAAUAGCUACCUCAUCGAACACAAGAGACAAACUGACUCGUGGGAUGUUGCUGAGCAAGGCCCCGAGAUUCUCUCUUGGGAGAGAGUAACGGCUAUCACAAACCUGCGACCUGUUUCCAGCUACAACAUUCGCAUGUUCGCCCGGAACGAUGCGGGUUUGAGUACAGCCAGUAAUGUCCUUAACAUCACCACGAUAGCAACAGUUCCGGACGGCCCCCCGAUGGAUGUGAAGCUUGAAGCCCUUUCCGCUCACAGCAUCAAAGUCACAUGGAGGGCGCCUGAGCCAUCCCUCCAGAAUGGGCCGAUCAAGGGCUACAUGAUCCGCUAUGCGGAGUACAGUCCCCAGGGUCAAUUCCCUGUGAAAGUGGUGUAUGUGAUGGAUGGUGGAGAAAGCUUCACUGUGAAUAAUCUGGAGGAGGAGACAAACUACACUGUGACACUGGUCGCCAUCAACUCUGCUGGCCUUGGUCCCUUUUCAAAGCCUCUCAUCUGUAUCACACUGUGUAAUGAUAAUCUGGAGCAGAUGACAACAACUCAAGCAACCACCGAAAUUCAGACAGAUAAUCUGGAGCAGAUGACAACAACUCAAGCAACCACCGAAAUUCAGACAGAACAUCCAGUCUCAACCAUUGAAGCUACAUCUUUAACUGAUUCAUGGGUGAUUGUCACUCUCAGUCCCACUCAAUAUCAGAAGGUAGACUUCUCCACUACACAACCAUCAAGUGACUCUACUGUUGACAUGGAGGCACCUCGUACAGAGAAACUGAUCGGCCAUCUUGUUGCCAUACUUGUGCCUACCUUGGUGUUGGGGCUACUUGUUGUCAUGGCGAUUGUAUGGAAAAUUAGGCGUUCAGCAUUGAAAAAAGGCACCAUGAACAUACAAUGGAAGAAAAACGACUUCAUGUCCUUCGAGAACUCUGAGCCAGCACUGUAGAGAGCACUGGGAUGUUGGUGUACCAAGCCAGGUUAUGUAGUAGUCAGACUGUGGUUUUAACGUAUGGUGAAAGAUGACGUGCGUGAUUUUAAUCACACUGUUGUGACAGGGUUUUUUACUAAUUAACACUGUCUACCACAGAGUUGCUGGUGAAAGUGUACAGUGAAAUCAACUUCAAUGUAUAUAUGUGAUAUCUGCGUGAAUGUUAAUAAAUGCUUGCUUAUA